AGGCCGGACCUCUCCGUUCUUCUUUUUUAGAACUAGGUAUUCUCAAAUUCAAUAUGUCUCCUACUAGAAGGGUGUUUCUAUUGUUGAUUCUGCCUUUCUAUAGUUCUAAUCAUAGAUCGGCUGAUUCAAUUUCUUAUGUUAUUGAUUUGGCUUUCUACAAUUUUAAUUAUAGAUUGGCUGUUUCGAUCUUUUUUUUUUUUUUUUCAAUUCUCAUUCCAUCUUUAUUUCAUAAACUGAUUCCGCCUGGCGAGAAGAAGAGGAAAAAAAAAAGACCCGAUCUCACUCGCCAUUAUCAUCUGACUCGUGGUUUCACACCCGACACGCUUACUUGAUCAUUUGAUAAUUAGGGUUAUUUUAAGUGGUAAAUUGGUACUGCCGACAUAUGUAUCAUAUUUCUAUUCAAGGAGGUACAAAUUACCCUUUCUUCCCCUUCUACAAUUCCAUGAGAAGAAGACCGUCGUUUAGUUAGAAAAACAACCUCUCUUCUCUCCUCCUCUUCCAGAGCUCAGGGUUUUUCUCCAGGAUGGAGAGGUUGAUCUCAAUGCGUUAUAGUAAUUUCUAUCUCCCUAAGCCUAACAAAGAGAUAAAUCUUCCUAGGUUAAACAGAACCACAAAUCUUAGCAUGAAUACAACUUCUAAACCCUUACUCAUGAAACAGACCAUUGUGGUUACACCAACUCAGGUCGUUUUAACUACUGAUGAUGAUAAGUCAAUAACCUAUACUAGCUCUGUAGGUGAUACUAAACAUUAUACACAUGAUACUCUUUGGCCAAAUAGACAUCCAUAUGUGGAUUGGUUGUAUGUGGCAAUAGUAAUAGAUGGGGUGUUUAAAGUUGCUAGAAAAUCUUCCAGUCUUACCUUUUAUCAAUGGGUUAUGAAUAAGUUUCUAGGUUUUGAGUUUUUGUCUGAAUUCGAAGUAACCUCAGAAAACUAUCAGUCCCUAAAACAAUGUUUCCAAUCAAUUAUGGAUAGUUAUGGGUCACAAGUUACUGGAAAUAUCCAUUACCAGCCAAAUGUAGAUGUGAAAAUGCUUGGGAAGAUUUGCAUUAUUGGUGGGAGAAUAAAGAGUUCGACGUUCAAGGAUUUCCUUGAAUUGAAGGAUGAGUUGAACUUUCAACUACAGAAGGCAGUCAUACGUUCCGUGGAGAUGAGUAAGAGCUUUUCUGAUGGCGACGUUUCGAUAAUUUUUGUGUUGGGUGGUCCUGGUAGUGGAAAGGGGACUGUAUGCGAGAUGCUUGCUCAAAAAUUUGAUGAUUUCUGUCAUCUUAGCUCCAGGGAUCUCCUUCAUUCGGAGCAAAAAUCAGGUAUUAAGGAGGCUAAGCUCGAUCCUUCGGGGAUGAUAGAACAAAUAAGACAAGCGAUGAUUCGUACUGGAAGAAAAAAGUUUCUAAUUGAAGGAUAUCCUUGCACUGAAAAGAGUCGAGUUGCAUUUAAUGCUGCUCUUCCGGUCGAUUCAAAAAUGGUUCUUUAUCUAUCUUGUUCGCAUGAUGUCAUGCUGCAACGUUCUCUUCUUAGUGAACAGGUUGGUGAAAGUGAUAGCACCGAGAUAAAGCGGUGAAUUGAGGAAUUUAAGGAAUUCACUGUUCCAGUCAUUGAAUUUUAUCGCAGUGAGGGAAUCCUUCUGGAGGUCAGCAGUGAAUUGCCUGCGGAUAAGGUUUUUGAGCAAAUCGUGCAAGCUCUUCAGAAGUUGGAUCACUUGGCGAAAGGUAAACGUGCUUCUCUUACAAAACUAUUUUUUUUAUGUCACUCUCCUCUGCAGGAACGAACUGACUGAACCUGAUGCUCUUUUUAAUUGCAAGAGACAUGUUGUACAGUGUUCAGUUCUUAUUGGCUCUCUAUCUCUUGCUGUUUUGUUGAAAUCUUCACCUUGUUUUGCAAUGUUUUAGAUGAAUCAAAAUGUAAUAGUUACGUUUACAUUGGGGUUAUUGGUUGUCUAGUACUUCACAUUUUUACAAAGUCUGAUUUUGGCACCUGGAGUUGACUCCCCUUGACUAUUAAAUCUAAAAUUAAUUGUGUUAAUUUUUUUUUAAA